AUGUAUUUCCUGUUCACAUUUGGUCUUUUGGCCACCACUGCUGCGGCAGCACCAGCACCACAACUCAUCGAUCUUACCCCCGGCUACUCGAAAGGCGACUCAGAUCCUGCGCGCUUCAGAUACUAUGAGAAUGAGGGUCUCUUGCAGGGUCCGUGCGAUAUCACUACAGGGCCGGAUGGGAACGUCUGGACUCAGAACUUCCUCGACAACACAGUCUCCAAGAUCGAGAUCGGGAGUGGCAGUAUCACAAACUACAAAGUGCCCUACAACCCAGAUCAAUUGUAUCCAAACCAAAGCUUGCCGUUGACAGGGCGCGUUGCAUUCGCCUGUGCUAUUCAGCCAGGUAGUGAUGGCAAUCUCUACGCUGCGACAGGUAUCAGAUCACAAUUUCUGAAGAUCGAUCCUUCGAAUGGAGUUAUCAAAGUCUUUACUCCGCCACUACCGAACGUCCCUUUCCUUGGCAACAUUCAGCCCUUCAACGAUCUCUGGGAUGGCGGAUCCGGAAUGUGGUACACACUCACAACAGCCGGAACACUCUACCACUUCGACUACGCUACUGAGACCUUCGAUGGCGUCUAUCCACUGCCCACGCCCCUUAAUGGUGUCGUCGGAGCUUUUGUUUCGGAGAUCGAUGGCAACGUCUACCUCGCUGAAAUGCUCGGUCAAGCCAUCACCAGAUUCGACCCAAGGACACAGCAAUUUACCCGCUUCCCUCUUCCCUUGAGUGGUCUUGGCAUCGUCGUCGUGCGUGCAGAAACCGAGAGCCGCUACAUCUGGUUCACUGGCUUUCUGUCAAACAGUAACGUCCGCUUCGACACCCAGACCGAGAAGAUCGAUGUCUUCACAGAUCCUCUGCCUGCCUCAUUCCCCACGGAGAACACGGUGGAUCCUCAGGGACGGUACUGGUACUCGACUGCAACGAGGAACACGAUCCAGUACCUCGACCAGAAUAAUGAGGCCGUCAUCAUCGAUAUGCCUGAUAAUGGUGUCAACUUGCCAAUUGGCAUCCCUCCAGGCCUGAACAUCGCUAUCCACUCUGGACCAGACAACGCGAUUUACUUCUCGCAAGUGUUGCGCAACAGGAUCGGACGAUAUCAGUUGUAG